AUGAACCUGGGGUGCAGCAAGGAGGAGCGAAUCUGCAGCAGCUCAGCAAAGGUCUCCGAGCCCGGAGCACAGCCUCGAGAGAACAGUCUCGACGAAAGGGCAGACGAGAUGGGCGUGUUGAUGUCGUGCGGCCAGGCUCACGCCAUUGCGGCGGGCGAGUCGGACGACUGUCUGACCCGCUCGCACAAGGCCAACGGAAAGAACCACGCCGGCAUCGCCGAGGGCACCGCCUUGCCGGUCGAGUCCAUCCCAAAGUUCUUUAGCAAGAACGGCUUCGAAGGCGUCGACCCGAAAAAGACCAAGAAGAACGGCUGCGGCAAGGGCAAUUGGGGCGGCCCAUGCGAGGAGGUCGAGGACGAGGCAAUCAACUGGAACCACAUCCGUCGCCGGUCCAACAGCUUCGGCGUCAACCACCACCUCGAGAACUUCAAGACCAAGUUCGAGGUCAACGAGCCGGAGCCUGUCUUUGAGGAGAACCUCCACGGCCCGCCGUCCGCCACGGACGACGACACCCUCACCAAGACUGAGACCUCUUCCAGCGGCGGGUCCGUCGACGAGGACGGGCACAAGGACAUGGUCCACAAGGACAUGUGA